CUUUUGGUUGACGCCUGAAGUUGAGGCCGCAUUUUCUCGCCAGACUCACUUUUGGUCUUCACAGUAUCCUACAACCCGUCUCCGUCUCCUGCUUGCUACAAGAAUCCCCGUGUCUGUCCAGACCGGGUCGUCGCUCUUUCAAGGGCUACCCAGCCGUGCUUGCUGCUCAAUUGCGUUUUUUUUUGGCACCGCCACUCCCACUAUCAGACAUCAACGACACCCACACCAACAUAAAACGAUGAUGCGUCCCACGCUCCUGCGGUCUGCUUUGGGAGCAGCGCCCGCCGCCCGCCUGCUCCAAAGGAGAGCCUAUAGCAUCACGCCUGCCGCCGCCUCGGUUGCGCAGCCAAAGGACAUCGAUGUCUCGCAGCUCAAGAUCAGCAGGACCUCGGCCCCUGGCCCUCUGGAGAAGCCCGAGACGCUGGUCUUUGGCAAGAAAUUCACAGACCACAUGAUCACGGUCGAAUGGGAGACGGCGCAGGGCUGGGCGGCCCCCCAGAUCGUGCCGUACCAGAACCUGUCGCUGGACCCCGCCACCUGCGUCUUCCACUACGCCUUCGAGUGCUUCGAGGGCAUGAAGGCCUACAAGGACAAGGCUGGCAAAGUGCGCCUCUUCCGCCCGGACAAGAACAUGGAGCGCUUCAACAAGUCGGCCGCCCGCAUCGCCCUGCCCACCUUUGGCGCCCCGGCCCUGACGGAGCUGAUAGCCCGGCUCGCCGUGCUCGACUCCCGCUUCAUCCCCGAGCAGCGCGGCUACUCGCUCUACCUGCGCCCCACCAUGAUCGGCACGCAAAAGACGCUGGGCGUCGGUCCCCCGGGUUCGGCCCUGCUCUUCGUCAUCGCCAGCCCUGUCGGCCCCUACUACCCGACCGGCUUCAAGGCCGUCUCGCUUGAGGCCACCGACUACGCCGUCCGCGCCUGGCCCGGCGGCGUGGGCGACAAGAAGCUUGGCGCCAACUACGCUCCCUGCAUUGUGCCCCAGCGCGAGGCCAUGAGCCGCGGCUUCCAGCAGAACCUGUGGCUCUUCGGUGAGGAGGAGUACGUGACCGAGGUCGGCACCAUGAACAUGUUUGUCGCCCUGCGCGACAAGGUGACGGGCCAGCCCGAGCUCGUCACCGCCCCGCUCGACGGCACCAUCCUCGAGGGCGUCACGCGCGACUCGGUCCUCAGCCUGGCCCGCGAGCGCCUCGUGCCCCAGGGCUGGAAGGUCUCGGAGCGCAAGUACACCAUGCGCGACCUGCACGAGGCCGCCACCGAGGGCAGGCUGCUCGAGGCCUUUGGGUCCGGCACGGCCGCCAUCGUCAGCCCCGUCCGCUCCGUCUCGUGGAAGGGUCAGGUCGUUAAGUGCGGCCUGGCUGACCACGAGGAGUCGGGCGAGAUCGCCACCAAGAUGAAGGGUUGGAUGGAGGCGAUCCAGUACGGUGACGAGGAGCACGAGUGGUGCUAUGUCUGCUAAACAAACGAAAAAAAAAGAGGAAGAAUAGCUCGAGACUUAUGGCGGGAUAUUGUCAACUGAUUUUUCAGGGGUGGAAAGCUGGCCUGUCUUUGUUGAUACUAGCAUGUGUGGUGGGAUACCCCACAUCCAAAUGUCCUUUUUCAAUCUGGGUAUAAUGGGCCAGUUGGAUACGCGAUGGCGUUGACCAGAGGGGGAGUUAUGCAUAGACCUAUUUCGGCCUGAUUGGGUUGCGUAAAUAUAUCGAAUCCCAGGCUCCGUUCAUGCAAGCGGCGAGUGGGAGACAGACGGAUCUAGCAGUAAGAAUGAUUCGUGUCGACAAUAGAG